AUGACGCCAAACCCGGACGAUGACAGUCCGAAGAACUCUGUUCAGGGCAGUCGCCGCCAUGGGGUGCUUACUGGCUGGAAGAACCUGUUCAAUUUCACAGAAAAGGCACACCUCCCUGUUCUGUUGCCGGCAAUUUUCAUGUCUGCCGUUGCGGGAGGCCUACAACCAACCAUGGCCUUCUUUUUCGGCAAGUUCUUCGACAAUUUCUCGGAUUUCGCAACCAGCAAGAUCGAUGGCGCGACCUUCAUGAACAGAUCCCUCACCAGUUUCUAUGCACUCUUUGCCAUUGGCGGAGCAACGCUUUUGCUCAAAGGCGCUCUGUUUAGCUUGUGGCUGUUCUUCGGCGAAAUGCAAUCGCGGUAUGUCCGUGAGCCCCUUUUCGCAUCUCUUCUCGACCGAGACAUGGACUGGUAUGAGGCCCGGACAUGUGGGGUUGGGACAUUGUUGACGAAAAUCCAGAGACAGAUCGGAGACUUGCAGUUAGGAACCUCUCAACCUCUGGGUUUGACGAUUGCUUGCCUCGUUCAAGCUCUUGCGGGUCUGGGUUUGGCAUUGCACACCAACUGGAAACUAGCCCUCGUUGUGUUGUCGGCAAUACCUGUCAUAGCCAUUGGCGCCACCGUCAUAACUCGCCGUCUCCAAGCGAAGAUUGAUGGCCAAAAGGAAGAGCUGGCAACUACGAACAGACUAGCGAGCAACUGCAUCAAAAAUAUUGUCACAGUGAAAUGUUUCAAUACCCAAGAAGAGGAGGCGGCUUCUUUUAUUGCUGCCAUCCAGCGGGCGGCUGUAUUUGCCCUCAAGCAGGCGUUCAGCAGCGCGCUGCAGACAGGAUUCGUCAGGUUCGCUACAACCGCCAUGUUUGUCCAGGGCAAGUUAUUCCCCGACAAUCUCAAGGACUUUGCUCAUUUUUGCGCACAGGCUUUUGUCACGACAUUCUGGGCUUGUUUGAUCGCUACAAAGGCAUUCGAGGACAUGCUACCGCACGGGGUCAUAGUUCAGAAAAGCCAGAUGUCAGCUACUGCUUUACAAGCAAUCCUCGAUAAAGUCGGUCUGGGGAAGUUGCGGUCACGGGAGGUUGCCGGGCUGUCACCCCAAUUCUGCGAAGGAAAGAUUGAGAUGCGAGAGGUCUCGUUUGCCUACCCUUCCACACCAAGCAAGCCUGCCUUGGACCAUUGCACAUUCUCUUUUGCUGCCGGAGAAACCACAUUCAUUGUAGGCAAGAGCGGCUCUGGCAAAAGCACCCUCGGCAGUCUGCUCAUGAAUUUCUAUCCACCACGAAGCGGGUCAAUCGUCAUCGAUGGUAAUGCUAUCGAAGAUAUCGACACGCGUUGGCUCAGGAACAACAUUACCCUUGUUCAGCAAAAUUGCGUCCUCUUCGCUGACACAAUCUAUCGAAACAUUGCACUGGGCAGCAGGGACUGUGACCGAGUUACGAGCGCUCAAGUGGACAAGUGUAUCCACAUGGCAGCGUUAGACAGCACAAUUGCAACGCUUCCAGAUGGCACGCAAACUAGAGUUGGUACAGGUGGUUCAUCUUUAUCCGGGGGACAGAAACAAAGAGUUGCGCUUGCACGGGCACGAUUAAGGGACACGCCGAUUCUGAUCUUGGACGAGGCAACAAGUGCUCUCGACAAUACCAGCAAGAUAAAUUUCAUGCAGUCGAUACGAGAGUGGCGGCGCGGGAGGACGACCAUCAUCAUCACACAUGACCUGUCACAAAUCCGUGAAGAAGAUUUCGUAUAUGUUCUCAAGGGAGGUCGUGUUGUCCAAGAGGGUCGCCGUAAGAGUCUUGUGAAUUUCCCGACUGGGCCCACUGACCGCAAGUUUGGCUCGGCGGGGAUUGAAACACAGCGACCUGCUGGAGUUGUAAACACAUAUGGGCCAUCUUCUGAAGCUCGCCAUGCAGACAGGGCCCCGGCACCGUCAUCCCGCCAUGCCAGCAAGGACUCGUUCGACGUGCUCACGGAAGGAAAUUCUGAACACUUACCUGCUGAUUCCCAGCAAGACGACACGCACUCAGAUCAAACUCCCCACCAGCUAAGGAAGGGAGUCUCCCUGAGCAGCAUAGGUGCCAUAAAGUUAUUGAAAAGACAAUCGAUGGCUCGAGCGAAAGUCUUGUAUGCCCUACACCACAGCCCGCCUCACGGAGCACAAUCAACAGCUGGCGAUCCAGCGAUGCGCACACUCAGAUACGCCGCUGCAGCCGUACGCAAGUCACUCUUCUUGCCGAGAACGCCUCGAACACCACUAUCUCGCGACAAGCCACUGCCGAUUCCUCCACCACACUACGAGAUGUUGCAGGAAGAUGAGAGUCUUGGGGAUAACGUGCUUGAACUUCCAACCGAACAAUUCAGGGGACAACCACGAUCAUCACCUUCGAUCCGGGCGGUGCUGUUUACGCUGUGGCCGAGUCUGGAUAAGCCAGGUAGAAGCAAACUACUCUUUGGAUGCCUUGCCACACUCUGCCACGCUGGAGCUCCUCCGACCUUCGCUUAUGCCCUCGUGCAAGUAUUCAACACAUAUUACAUGCCAGCAGGAUAUCAACGAGAGGCAUUGAGAUGGUCAAUGGUAGUAAUUGGCAUCGCCAUCGGAGACGGCGUUGCAUGUUUCUUUAUGCAAUAUCUCCUCGAUUCUGCCAGUCAGGCCUGGGUGGACACGCUGCGAACACAGGCGCUGCGACGAAUCCUCCGGCAACCGAAAAGUUGGUUCGAUGAGGAGCAAAACAAUCCUACUGCUCUUGUGUCUUGUUUGGACAAGAAUGCAGAAGAGAUGAAGGACUUGGUCGAACGAUUCGCCGCGCAAAUCCUGGUUGUAGCUGUGAUGAUGGUUGUGGCCGUUGUCUGGGCAAUCCUCAAUUGCUGGAAGAUCACGCUUUUGGGCCUGGCGAUGUCUUCGGUCCUUUACGUGCUCAUCAAAUGCUUCGAGGUUGUCUCGGCUCGCUGGGAAUCUCGGACCAAUGCGGCGGGUGAGACAGUGAACCAGAUCUUCGCGGAUGCCUUUUCGGACAUUAAGACCGUCCGAUCAUUGACACUCGAAUCCUACUUCCACAUGAAAUUUCGAGAUGCUACCACCACAUGUUACUCCAUCGGAAUACAACGAGCCAUUUACACAGGAUUGUUCUAUGGUCUCUCGGACUCUGCCAUCGCCUUCUUCACGCCCAUGAUUUUCUGGUACGGGGCAUAUCUGGCCAAAGACGGCGAGUGGCCCGUCAAGUCCAUCUUCACCGUCUUUGGUCUCCUCCUGUUCUGCACCGCAAACGCGAACGCGGUCAUUGCAUUCAUCCCGCAGACCAGCUCCGCGGCCGACACGGCGAGUCGCCUCAUCCGACUUGCGCAUAUGCCGGUGCAUUCGCACGAAGAAAUCGGACAAGUUCAACUGGACAGGAACGACCCCGCCACACUUUCAGGACCCAUCCACCUCAUCAAUUUGACGUUCAGAUAUCCGUCACGACCCAGAGUGCCAGCCCUCUGGCGCUUGAACCUGACGAUCCCCGCCGGGCAGAUAACCGCCAUUGUCGGCGCCUCUGGCUCGGGCAAAUCCACCAUCACAUCACUGCUGCUCGGCCUGUACCCUCCCGUGGGGAGCGAUCACCAUAAUCGUAAUCGCUCAACAUGGGAUGACGCGCCGGACGACGACCCUCCCCUAUUGACCCUCUCCGGGCGGGACAUACGGACCCUGAACCUAAAUAGUCUCCGCUCCCUCAUCGCCUUGGUCCCACAGACGCCCGUCAUCCUCCCGACCACGGUCCGCGAGAACAUCACCUACGGCUUAACUUCCAAUGAGCCCUCAGCAUCAGUUUCGGCAUCUCUUAUCGAACGCGCCGCCCAGGAAGCUGGGAUCCACGACUUCAUCGUCUCUCUCCCGCAGGGCUAUGCCACCGUCCUAGGUGACGGCGGUCUCACCAUCUCCGGCGGCCAAGCCCAGCGCAUCGUCAUCGCUCGGGCCCUCAUUCGGGAUCCGAAGGUCCUGAUCCUCGACGAGGCGACCAGCGCGCUGGAUCACGAGAGCGCGGAGAUCAUAAGGCAGGGUAUAUUGAGAUUGGUCCGCGAGGGGAGGCGGGAGGGGAAACCUCUAACGGUCAUUGCGGUCACGCACGCGAGAGAGAUGAUGGAGUUUGCGGACAACGUUGUCGUCAUGGAUCAGGGCACCGUUGUCGAGCAGGGCGGGUUUGACGAGUUAAUGACCCUGGAAGGGCAGGGCAAACUGUGGGGGAUGUUGAACGCGGGACGUCUAUGA